AUGACGGUCGACAGUGUUCAUGCUGUUAUUGAAGCUAAUCUACAUAAAACAAUUAUUUAUGCACCAUCUCAAUGGUAUACUGUUUUCACCUCAGCUAGAAAGGACCCCUUCCCCUAUGAGGUUGAAAAACAGACUUUUGAAGAUUUUUAUAAGUGGGAUUCUGUUUCUGAAAAGUACUUCAAAGGUAACCUUAUGGGAAAAAUAAGUAAAAUCAGAAUAGCAACAUUCAAAAAAAGUAAUCUUUCAACUAUUUCCAUCAAGUAUUCCAUGGACAAAUCUGCUAAGUCGAGCGUGGUUGAAAUCCAAUCUAAAACCAGGGUACCUCUUAUAUCGUGUUACCAUUCACAACUGCCGAUAGCAAAGGCAAAAUAUAAUGACCUUAUUAAACUUUGCAAGGACAAAGUUAUACCUGCUCAAUUCCAUAAAGAAUUUACCGAUAUACCUUGUUCUGCAUCCGCAAAAGAUGCUUUGCCAGAAUCAGACAUCGAAGACAUGGCGCCUGAUGAACAAAAAGCGUAA